AUCAGCACGGUGUUAACGGUACAUAGUAAAGGUUCAAAAUCUUGUUCUCCAUAUGCUGUGUGAAGCCAAUGUGAAAGAGCUGGAAAAUAAGAAUUAAGCACAUGCCGAUUUCUCAUCGGUCCGUAACGUCGAGCGAUCUUGGGCGGCAUAAUUGUUACGGUAUGGUGAGUCGUCGGCUGUAUGUGUGUGAUUGCACUGCAGCAGGUAUACAGCAGCUGCAGCGGAAAACAGCUUAGACCGAUCUCUUCUUGGCACGAAAGCCCCAGCAGACACGGGCACGAUUUGCGUUUUAAUCCGCUCAAGUAAGAAAUCAUAGGUUGAAUGACACCGUGUUAUGACUCCAUUGCGUCUGGAUUGCCCAUUGUCAUUGUAUCACCACACGUAGCACCGACCUCUUCCGGACGGGUUCCCUUGGAAAGGUCAUUGCCGAUUAUCGCGGUGCAUCGAUGCGGAUUACGUAAGCGCCCGUCCGUGCGGUGAGGGUCUUCCAAUUUUUCUCUCGUGGGAAAGGAAACAGGAGCCGGCUGCAUUCUGUUGGAACAGCCCUGGCCAGCGGAUCACGCUGGAAACACCGGCAACAUGGGUUGGCGGAUACGUCGACCGGCAUGUCACUCAUGCCUAACCGCCUUUACAUGGCUCUUCCUAUUGAUCUCAAUAUGUCAGGUGGAAGCCAAGCAAAGGUCAUCGUUUUCCGCGUCGAGUUAUUAUCCCAUCAAAUUACCCAAAAAUAUGCGGGAAAUAUUUGUUGUUAACUUUGAGCUAGGAUUUUUUGCGUGCCAAUUGAAUGCCUCUUCCGAUUUUCUGGAAGUUUAUAGUCUUUCAAAAUUAUGUGACGGCAGACCGGAUUGUUUUGGAGGAACGGAUGAAAAUCGCGACUACAUUCCCUGUUCGCGUGAAUGUUCGCCCAACUGUGCGCACGGCGUAUGCUUAGCUUCUUCGGCCAAAUCCGAGUGCUUUUGCGACGAUGGAUAUACUGGAUGUGACUGCACCACUCCGGCUGUUAAUGAAUGUAAAUUCCGGCCCUGUGAUAUAUUCGCAAAAUGCACAAAUACGAUGGAUAAUUAUUACUGCACCUGUCUGCCUGGUUUUUCCGGCGAUGGCAGCACUUGUACAGACAUCGAUGAAUGCGCGAAUCCGCAGACGGCCUCCGCUUGCGUGCCCCACGCAGAAUGCUGCAACAUUCCGGGCAGCUACUUAUGCCGCUGUUUACCGGGAUUCCGCGGCAACGGUUUUGACAAAUGCAUUGACAUCAACGAGUGUGCGGAGCAGAAUCCCUGCCCACCGGGUUCCAUGUGCUCCAACACACCCGGAAGUUAUCAGUGCACAUGCUUGGACGGCUACACCUUCGACACGCAACUGCAGCGCUGUGUUGAUGUUAAUGAGUGCGCGGUGAUUGGGUGUGCAGCCGGGGCGCAGUGUCGGAACACGGAUGGUGGAUACGAGUGUAAAUGUCCAGUUGGCACGACGAUUCUUAAUCCUUACGACACCACGAGCACGUGUUUCGGAAUAACCGUUAUUCCCCCAGCGAAAAAUCUUACCAUAAUUCCCAUUGAGCAAUGUUUGUGUGGUCCACAAGCCAUCUGCGUGUUACGCGGUACCCAGACCCAGUGCAUUUGUCCGCCUGGCACUCAAGGAGAGCCAGCCAAUCCAAUUGUGGGAUGUUUUCCCACAUAUCCGAUUCCUUGCGAUCCAAUGCUGUGCAAUGGCAACAGCGUUUGCCAAGGCAUGCGCUGCGUCUGUGGCAUGGGCUUUCAGGGAACACCGCCACAGUGCAUCGACAUCAACGAGUGCGAAGACCAGCCAUGCGCCGCCAAAGCGCAGUGCUUUAACAUGCCCGGCAGUUACCGCUGUCAGUGUCCGGAUGGCCUGCGUGCUCUCAACCCCUUCGACCGCAACUCGGCCUGCCUGGGAGCGUGCGAGCAGAAACAGUGUGGCCGAGGCGCAGUGUGCGUGGAGAAGGGUCCCGGGAUGGCGUAUUGUCAGUGCCCGAAUGGAUACACGGGAAUUGCAGAACAGGAGUGUGUGCUGGUGCAGUGUCCUGCAAACCACGAAUCUGUGUGUGGAAUUAACGCGGUUUGCUCGGUGAGAGCGGGAUUGAUUACUUGUCAGUGCAAUCCUGGAUACGCCGGCAGUCCUCCGGAUAAUAUCUGCUACGACAUCAACGAGUGCGUGAAUAAUCCAUGUGCAACCGGCGCUCUGUGCACCAACACACCCGGAAGUUACACAUGUUCUUGCCCGGCCAAUUCCAUAACAAAGAACGUAUACAGUCGCAAAGAAGCGUGUCGAACAUGUCCGCCCGGAUCCGAGCAAAUUGGUCCCAACGAAUGUGGAAUGGUAGACGAGUGUCUCAAUCGCAAUCCUUGCGCACCCCACGGCGAAUGUGUGAGCACGAAUAAUGGAUACAUUUGUAAAUGUCAGGCUGGAUUUACCGCACUGAACGGUGGUUGUUUCGAUAUUAACGAAUGCUCGCGAAAUCCUUGCGCGCAAGACGCUAUCUGCCAUAACGCGGCCGGCAGCUACACAUGCACCUGUCCUGACGGCACCAGCACAACCAUCGCCUACGAUAAAACCCAAAAAUGCGUGUCGAUCACGGAAACCACGCCCUGUGAAGGUUUCCCCUGCUAUCGGCAAGGCACGUGCACCUACGACGACGGAGACGAUUCGUGCUACUGCAAAGACCAUUACGACGGAAGUCCGGACAAAGGAUGCGUUCCCAGCAGACAACUGUUAACUACCCCACCUCCAGAACCAACAACGCCCGUCGGAGUCAUUUGUCUGUAUGAUCGUUGUCGGUGUGCGCCGGGCUUCCAAGGGCGUUACCCGAACUGCAUCGCCGUCAAUGAAUGCGCGGAAAAUCCAUGCGCUCCUGGCACGUGUAGUGCAGCCGAUGGGCACGUGGUGUGUCAGUGUCCUCAAGGCUAUCAGGAAUCCAACGGCCGCUGUUUGAGCAUCAACCAGUGUGUCGGACCCAAGACGCCCUGCUCGCCGGGCAGUUGUGUGCCGAUGCCCGGCUCCUACAAAUGCGUGUGUCCCAAGAACUACAAAGAACAGGGCGGAAAGUGUGUGGCCAUCAAUGAGUGCGCCAAUAAUCCCAACGUCUGCAGUCCGGGGUCAUGCGUGUCGCAGUACGGAACGUACCGUUGCGAUUGUCCCAAUGGAUAUAACUUCAUGAAUGGCAAAUGUGUCGAUGUGGAUGAAUGUGUAUAUAAUCCGUGCACGCCAGGAACGUGCCGGAAUUUGCCGGGAUCGUACGAGUGUUCAUGCCCGAAAGGUUACAGUCAGACGAAUGGACAGUGUGUCUCGAUCGAUAUGUGUCAAAUUAAUCCCUGCGGACCCAAUGGAGUGUGCGUGGGCAAAGCGGGAGGGUACAACUGUGCUUGCAUCAAUGGGUACAUGUUCAACCAAGCCACCUGUGUCGACGUCAACGAAUGCGCUCUGCAGCCGAACCUGUGUCAACCGGGACAGUGUGUCAACACGGAUGGGUCGUUUGUGUGCAAAUGCCCGUCGGGAUACUCUUUCCGUGACGGAGGUUGCGUUGACAUUAAUGAAUGCAUUGUUGCACGACCAUGCGGCGCGGGCGCUCGCGACUGCCAAAAUACGAUCGGAUCGUACAAAUGCACGUGCAGACCCGGCUACCAAUUCAACGGGGUGACCUGCGUGGAUAUCAACGAAUGCGCGGCGUCUCCCAAUCUUUGUCUCCCGGGGACUUGCCGGAAUACCGAAGGUAGUUAUCAAUGCAGUUGUCCGGAUGGAUAUGAGUUCAGUAAAGGAGCGUGUGUGGAUAUUAACGAAUGUAUGCAGCGGCCGUGCGCAACCAAUGCGGCCUGCAUCAACACGGUCGGCAGCUACGAGUGUCGUUGCCCACCGGAAAUGAAGCUGGGAAAUGCCUUCGAUCGCACAGAUGUUUGCAUUCGAGAAAACCCUUGCAAUAGUUACAAAUGCCCGAUGGACUCCGAAUGUGUGGCUGACAUGAACAUCCCGCGUUGCGUCUGUCCAGAUGACUACGUUGGCCAACCAGGAAACUGUCAUCCAUCUCGCUGUCAGUUAAUCAAAUGUGGUCAAUAUGCUGAGUGCCUGGCAGUACCGGAAGGCGGAGUUGCGUGUGUCUGUCAGAGCGGGUUCAGACUGACAGCCAACACCAACAACCCAGUCUGCGUUGACAUCAAUGAAUGUGUGGAUAAUCCUAAUGUUUGUGGUCAAGGACGUUGUGAAAACACCAUAGGAUCGUACAAGUGCACGUGUGCGCCGGGAUACCAGUUUGACGGGAUACACUGCAUUGAUAUCGAUGAAUGUGCUGCUCCAACCGCAUGCUCCAGUAUCGCCGGAUCCGUGUGCAUGAAUACCGUUGGCAGUUUCCAGUGCCGCUGUCCAUCAGGAUUAUUCCAGCAGGGAAACGAGUGCACAUUUAUGCGACUCUGUCUUCAAAAGAACCCGUGCGGUUCCGGCCAGUGUAUCGACUUGGCCCAAAAUUACACCUGCACUUGUCCCAAUGGCUACGUUAACUCCAAAGGAACCUGUGUGGCCGUCAACCAGUGCGCUCUCUACAAUCCCUGCGGUCCAGGGGCCACUUGUACGGAUCUGGGCGGUCGCUAUACGUGUACGUGCCCCAAAGGAUUCGUCUUCGACGAUCUGACCUGUGUCGAUAUUAAUGAAUGCGUAAGGAAUCCGUGUGGGCUGGGCUCACGCGAAUGCGUCAAUAUGCGCGGAAGUUACUCGUGUACCUGUCAACCUGGUUACAAGUUCAACGGCAGAACCUGCGAAGAUAUCAACGAGUGCGUGGCCAAAACUAAUCCAUGCGAACCAGGCCAAUGUGUCAACUUGCCGGGCAGUUUCACCUGCGUGUGUCCGGCCAAUUAUGAUCUUAUGGCCGGACAGGAAUGUAUAAAAAUCAACCAGUGCAUGUACAAUCCUUGUACGAUCGGCACUUGCCAGGAGGAUAUGGCUGGAGGCUACAGAUGCCUGUGUCCAACGGGCUUUGAAUUCAUUAAUAAUCGCUGUGAAGAUGUCAACGAGUGCGCUGAAUCGCCCAACCUCUGUUCCCCGGGAAUGUGCAUUAACAGCGUGGGAAGCUAUCAGUGCCGCUGUCCGAAGGGUUUCCAAUCCACGCCGGGAGGCUGUGUGGCUGUGCGCCAGUGUCAACUGCCCGGUAUCUGUGGUGUGGGUGUUUCGGGGACGAGAUGCGUUGAUUUAAUGGACGGGUCAUUCCAGUGUUACUGUCCUGUCGGGUAUCAAGCGGUGCGCGGAUCUGCCUGUGUUGAAAUUAAUGAAUGCGCGAUGAAUCCCUGUACUCCUGGAACGUGUAUGAACCGUCCGGGAUCAUAUAUCUGCAACUGCCCCAAAGGUUACCAGACAAUGAACGGGCGGUGUGUUGCGGUUGGUUGUGAAAAAGCGGGAUGUGGUCCCAAUUCGCGUUGCAUUUCUGCGCCGGAUAAACAGAUGAUGCGCUGCGAGUGCGCACCGGGUUUCCGUGAUCGAGGCAACGGUGCCUGCAUAGCCAUUAAUGUCUGCGAAAGCAGUAAAAACCCGUGUGGCGAAGCCGGAGAUUGCACUGCCAUGACUGACGGCUCCUACGACUGCCAGUGUCCGAGAGGUUGGCAGAAGAUUGGUUACCCUUCAAAGUGCGUGGAUAUCGAUGAAUGCAUGCUGUACAAUCCGUGUCUGGUUGGAGACUGUGUUAACACCAAGGGAAGCUAUUCCUGCAAAUGCCCUAAAGGUUUCCAGUUUGAUACCGCAGCGGGACAUUGUGUUGAUGUCAACGAAUGUGCUGUUCCAAAUCCACCAUGCUCACCUGGACGAUGCCAGAAUCUAGAAGGCUCAUACGAAUGCUCAUGUCCACCCGGUUACGAAAAUACUCUGGGAGGCUGUGUUGCUAUCAAGCAGUGCGCGAUUACAAACCCCUGUACUCCUGGUCAGUGCCAAGAUGUGACUGGAUCCUAUCGCUGCAUUUGUCCCAAAGGCUGGAUGGUGCAAAAUGGGGCUUGUGUCGAGAUCAAUCAGUGCAUUCCUGUGAAUCCAUGUGGAAGAGGAACUUGCCGAAAAUCACCGGGAUCGUAUACUUGUGACUGUCUGGCUGGGUAUACAUUCGUCAACGGCCAGUGCAUAGACGUUGAUGAGUGUGCGGCUCCAGCAAAUCCUUGUGUUGCCGGGAACUGCUUAAACACCGAAGGCUCGUAUUCUUGUGUCUGUCCCAAAGGAUUCUUCUUCAAUCAGAAGUUUUGCGAAGACCGAAAUGAAUGCGUGGAAUUCCUGGGUGACCUUUGUCCAGGCGGUGGUACAUGCGUCAACACGCCGGGAAGUUAUCGAUGCACCUGUCCCCCUAAUUUUGACUGGAUCGAUGGAAAAUGUGCCAAUUUGAAUACGUGCGAAUACGUCGGAUGUGGAGCCCUAGCGCUUCCAUGUGCUGACAGUACUGAUGGACCGAUUUGCAGAUGUCCGCCGGGAUACUAUGGCGAUGGAAGAGUGGCAUGCAUUGCCCCGCCGCCGUGUGUGGCCAGUCGAGACUGCGGUCCAAAUGCUGACUGCAAUGUCCAAGUGACGGCGUCAACUUACAAAAUCACCUGCGUAUGCCGUCCUGGUUUUGAAGGCAGUCCACCGUUGCGUCCAUGCGAAGCUGUAUGUCCAGACGGGAUGGAAAAGGACCUUACGAAAGGAAUAUGCAUAAAAAGUACCACAUGCAUCGAAGUCACGUGCGCUCCCGGCGUGUGUCAGCAGCCCGGACCCAACGACGACACGCCACCCUGUCUUUGUCCCCCUGGUACCCGCUACAUCUGGGAACGUGGUGUAUGCGCAAUUAUCCCUCCACGAUGCGGUCCCCCUAAUCCAUGUCUACCAGGCAAAUGUUUACCGGAAGGCUACUCGUACCGAUGCGAAUGUCCUAUUGGCUACAAGUAUAUGCAAGAUGCCUGUGUUGAUGUAAACGAGUGCGAGGAGAACGCCACCAUUUGCGGCAUGGGUGGUACAUGCAGCAAUGCUCCGGGAACGUAUUCCUGCAGAUGUGCCACCGGAUUCAAACUAAUCAACAAUUACUGUGUCGACAUUAACCAGUGCGAAUCUCCAAAAAAUCCUUGCGAACCCGGACAAUGCGAGCAUACACCAGGAAGCUACAGAUGCGUAUGUCCGGAUGGGUUCCGUUAUAUGCCGUCGAUUGGAACCUGCGCCAAAAUUAUCACACCCUGCAUCCAACAAAAGGACCUGUGUUCGCCUGGAACGUGCAGUGCGCUUGGAGAAAACAAUUACAAGUGCCAAUGCCCUUUGGGAUUUGCUUUCAAUGGAGUAACUUGCAUUGGAAUUGAUGAGUGUGCAAUGAAACCAUGCGGUCGCGGAGAAUGCAAAAACUUCCCGGGUCGAUACGAAUGCAUUUGCCCAGUGGGGUACCGAUACGACGGCCACACUUGUAUUGAAAUUAACGAGUGUGCUGUAUCAAAUCCAUGCGGAAAUAUGGGAACGUGCCAGAAUACAGACGGUUCUUACGUGUGCUUAUGUGCGCAAGGUUACGAAUUUGAUCGACUGACUUGCAUUGAUGUAAACGAAUGUACCAGCCGCAAUCCUCCGGAUUGUGGUCAGGGACAGUGUGAGAACACCAUCGGUGCAUUCGCCUGCAGGUGUCCUCCGGGCUUCCGCAACGCCGGAGGACCGACGGGACCGUGUGUGGACAUACAGGAAUGCAGGGACAAUCCGAAUCCAUGUGCACCUGGAAACUGUGUCGAAACGAGUGGCGGAUACCAGUGCAACUGUCCACCCGGUUUCCAGUUCCUAAACGGAGCCUGCAAACAAAUCAAUUACUGUGCUAUUGAAGACAAGUGCAAACCUGGAACAUGCGCUUUAACGCAAGGAUCGUAUAUGUGCACCUGCCCACCGGGAUAUCGAUCAACAUCACAACCUCCCAAAGACUGCAUUCAAAUCAACGAGUGUGAACUCAUCCCACCUCCCUGUGGUGAGGGUGCUGUCAAAUGUAUUGACACCCUCGGAUCGUAUCAGUGCCUCUGCGGACAGGGAUACGAGCUUUCGGAGAAUAAAAAGCUUUGUGUUGACGUCAAUGAAUGUGCUCCACCUUUCAAUCCAUGCAACCCAGGAAACUGCGUCAAUACUCCAGGAAAUUAUAACUGUUUAUGUCCUUUUGGCUGGACUAACAGCACCGGCGGCGCCUGCACAGCGAUCAACGAAUGUGCCGGUCCGGUGAAUCCCUGCAUACCGGGUGACUGUAUAGAUCUGAUUGGAAGCUACCAAUGCAAUUGUCCGCAAGGUUUCCGAUUCAUUAAUGGAAUGUGUGCUGAUGUCGAUGAAUGUGAGCUGGCUCCAUGUCGCCAUGGUGUAUGCCAAAACACCAAAGGAAGCUUCACAUGUCGAUGUGAUGCUGGCUACGAGUUUGUUGGAGGAACAUGCGUCAAUAUCAAUGAGUGCAUACAGCUGCCUUGUGCACCCAACGCACAGUGCCAGGACACGGACGGUGGCUUUUAUUGUUUUUGUCCUCCUGGAUUCACUUCUGAAAAUCCUAAGACAACAAUCUGCAAAGCUAUCAGCAAAAAUGUUUGUGAACCGCUACCAUGCUACCGCGAUGGCACUUGUCGGCAUACUACCAAAGUCGGUAUCGAUGGACGAUCACUGGACGACUGCGAGUGCAUUAUUAAUUUUUCCAAGGAUGUAUUUGGCCAGUGUAGAAGUUUACUGAUUGAUACUACUUGCGCAAAAGGCUUCCAGAUGAUUCAGAAUGGAACCCAGAUCGUUUGUGCUAAUAUCAACGAAUGCAUGACCGAGCCCAAUCUGUGCCUGAAUGGUCGCUGUAUUGACACCGUCGGGAGUUACACGUGCGAAUGCAACAAAGGUUACAAAGUGUCCCUCCAGCCAAAUGGCCAAACGAUUUGUGUUGAUGUGAACGAAUGUGAGAUUGCCGCUCCUUGUGCGCAAGGAACGUGCACUAACGUACCCGGGUCAUACACUUGCCAGUGUUUUGAUGGCUUCCGAGCUGUGGAAGGACCAACGUGUGCUCAGAUCAAGAUAUGCGUCGAAAGAUCACCGUGCAAUCAAGGCAACUGCAUCGAUACCGCGGCAGGAAAGUACACCUGUAAAUGCCCGGUCGGUUUCACUUUCGAUGGGUUAACCUGCGUCGAUCUCAACGAAUGUGCAGCGCCGCACAAUCCUUGCUUAGUUGGGGAAUGCAUCAAUACGGUGGGAUCGUAUGUCUGCAAGUGUCCGCUGGGUUACACUUCAGUGGACAACCGAUGCAUGGACGUUAACGAGUGUGCUAUCAGCAAUCCUUGCGCUCCUGGAGAAUGUCACAAUACAGAUGGCAGUUAUUUCUGUGUUUGCCCGGUCGGUUACCAACGACAGGAACCGGGAGUAUGUGUGGAUAUCAACGAAUGCGCGCGAAACAAUCCUUGUGGUGAUGGCAAGGGCACUUGCGUGAAUACGCUGGGAUCAUUCCAGUGCAUUUGCCUGGUGGGAUUCCAGUUCGAUGCCGCGUCCAAAACAUGCAUUAGUGAAAACGAAUGUACGAGAACGGAAAUAGCCUCGUUAUGCCUUCCGGGAGAAUGUCAGGAUACUGUCGGAUCGUAUCGAUGUGUCUGCCCAUUCGGAUAUGAAAUGACUGUGAUGAACUCACCGGCAUGUGGAGACAUUAACGAAUGUGUAAGAAAUCCGCAACUUUGCCAGCCAGGGAAAUGCUUCAAUACUAUCGGGAGCUUUUACUGCACGUGUCCCGCUGGAUACCAAUUUAUCAACGGAAACUGCCAAGAUGUAAACGAGUGCACUGAGAAGACCAUCUGUGGUUCCGGUACAUGCAUCAACACGAUCGGCAGCUAUGAGUGUACUUGCCCACCUGGAUUCACCUUCGAUAAAGUCACAUGUGUGGAUAUUAACGAAUGCACGACCAAUCCAUGUGGUGUGGGUGGCUGCAUUAACACCGUGGGGAGCUUUUUCUGCGUCUGUCCUUCUGGAUACACACCUGGUCCGAAUCAGUUAUGCGUUGAUGUCAACGAGUGUACGGACCUAACGAUCUGCGGGCCGGGUACUUGCAUUAAUACCAUGGGCAGUUAUUUGUGUCGAUGCCCACCGGGAUACCAUCCUGAUCACGGCACUUGCUUUGCGGUGAAUGAAUGCGAAGCACCAGAACUGUGUGGUCCACAGGGGACUUGCAUCGAUUUAAUCGGAUCGUAUACGUGCAAGUGCGCACCCGGUUUCGAGUUCGUCCACGGGACUUGCGCAGAUCUCAACGAGUGCACACAGAAUCCUUGCCCUCCGGGUGCACAAUGCAGGAACACGCCCGGCUCGUACCAAUGUGUGCAGCCGCCUCCGGUUGUGACCAUCUGUAUGCAAGGCAAUCCGUGCCAGUUGGGAACAUGCCAGGACUUGGCCCCUAACCAGUACACCUGCAACUGCCCGCCUGGAUAUCAGUUUGACGGCAAAACUUGCAUCGACAUUAACGAAUGCACCGUGAAAACCGACAUAUGCGCUCCCGGAACCUGCUUCAACCUUCCCGGGACAUAUUUAUGCGUUUGCCCAUAUGGUUAUCAACCGGCCAAUGGUACAUGCAUUGAUGUCAACGAGUGCUUGCAAGUGGGAGUCUGUGGAAAUGGACAGUGCGAAAAUACCAUCGGAUCGUUCAAAUGCAUUUGCCCACCCGGUUACACUUCCCAACAGGGAACAUGUCUGGAUGUGAACGAAUGUACCGACAGUUUGAUCUGCGGCCAGGGAAAUACGUGCGAGAACACGCCCGGAUCUUACCGGUGCAUUUGUCGGCCGGGAUUCAACUUUGAUGGAAAGAACUGUAUUUCCAUCAAUUUCUGCAUGCAGAAUCCCGACCUUUGCAAGCCUGGCGUGUGUGAAAAUCUGAUUGGCUCAUUCCGGUGCAAAUGUCCUAAUGGAUUUGAUUCGGUGAACGGAUCAUGUGUCGAUAUCAACGAGUGCACCUUUGCCGGCAUCUGCGGCAGUGGGACUUGCGAGAACACCAUUGGAAGUUACAAGUGUAUCUGCCCACCGGGAUACCGCUUCAACCAGAAUUCAUGCUACAAUAUCAACGAGUGCAUGGAAAACUUGACAAUCUGCGGACCGGGAACAUGCCAAGAUCUUCCGGGCAGCUACCAGUGCUUUUGUCCACCAGGAUACCAAUUCGUUAAUGGAACCUGCAUUGAUGUUAACGAAUGCACUCUUGUUCCUCCCCCUUGCGGCAGUGCGCAAUGCAAGAAUACCAUCGGUUCUUAUUUAUGCAUUUGUUUGGAGAAUCUCAUCCUGGAUUUGACCACCUUAACCUGCAUCUGCCGCCCACCCUUAGUGCUCAUCAACGGCCGGUGUUCGGAAACCACCCCUCCUCCCACACCGCCUCCUACACCCGUUACAGUCACCCCGGCGCCGUGUAUGGAAGUGGAGUGCGGUCCAUAUUCCAGGUUUUCAAUGGAGGUUUGCGGCUGCAUCUGUCUGUAUCCACCGGGAAAUCCUCCCAACUGCCCGCCACCGCCUCCUAUCAUAACCAUACCUCCCACAGCAACACCGCGCACCCCUUUCACGAAAAUACUCAUUCCCAGGAUUGAUGUACCGGAAGCGUCGGUCAACUGCUUAUCGGACGGAAUCGAAGUCCAAGUUGCGCUGCCGGGCCGAUUUCAAGGAGUUUUGUAUGUCAAAGGAUACAGCCGGCAGGAAGAAUGUCGAAAGAUUGUCAGCGGGAACGAUAACCAGUAUUCUAUGAGUUUCACCAUACAAUACGGAACUUGUGGCGUUUCUCCAGAUGGCGAUUUAGCCGAUUUUGUAUUGGUCAUCCAACGCCAUCCAACCCUGGUUACCGUUGACGCGACCGCUUACAACAUCCGAUGCCGCUACAAGACGCCCGUAGUGACCGUAACCAAUCCACCGAUUACCAUCAGAGUACAGACAAUUCACGGCACUAUUGCCAAUCAAGCACCACCACCAGUGUGCCGCAUCGUUAUCACCAACAUGGACGGCAGUCCUGUGACCAGUGCGAACAUUGGGGAGAAUUUGCAGUUGAAAGUGGAAGUAACGCCCUACAGCGUUUACGGCGGCUUUGCCAGCAACUGCAUGGCCGUGGCGGUUGAUAAUUCCUGGAAAUUCCAGAUCACUGACAACUAUGGAUGCGCGACCGACCGUACUAUUUUCACUGAGUGGAUCCCAGACGGCGCGGAUCACUCUCUGCGUGCCAAUUUCAGCGCAUUCAAGUUUCCCGGUGCCAGUUUAUUACGGUUCAAGUGCAACAUCAGGAUUUGCUUCAGAAGUUGUCCACCGGUGGAAUGUCAGCCCGGUCGUAUUAACAGCUUUGGUAGAAAGAAGCGUCAAGUGGAGCGACCCUUGGCUGACGUUGCGCCGAAGGGAGACGUGAUCGAAGAAAUUCAGGUGGAAUCAAAUGGGCUGGAAACGUAUGAUGCUCAAGCACAAGCGCUCAAUGCUACCAACGGUGUUUCGGCUACCGGAAGCGGCAGUGACGAAGUCUGCCUGUCGACUGCCAGCUUCGCGGUGACGCUGGCCAUCACACUGCUGCUGGCCCUUGUGGCGAUCGCCAUUUCCGUAUCGUGCUGGCUGAUGGCUUACCGGCGCCGUCCGGACGAAGAUACCAGCACCGCGUAUCCUCGCAGUCGCAGCACAAGAAACGGUACCCAGUACUCGGGACAGACGCGCGGCAGCAGCUCCAUUCCGCGGGUGACAAUUCCUAGGCGAGAUCCCGAUCCCGAUUACUGAAGCCCGCUUCGUAGCUGUGUAGGAACUUGAUAGACGUUGGAUUUUUUUUACUGACUGAGAUGUACUUGCUUCCCUAGUCUCCAGAUUACCCACAGUGCUAUAAUGGUGAUUCUGACUUAGUUGACGUUUAUCUCCUGCUUACUGCCCAUCGAUAAUUAGCCGUUUACCAGUGAAAGAAAAAAUUAUGAAUAUUUAUAACUACAGAGUACAGAUGAGUUCUUAAUACAGAAGACAGCGACUAUGCUAACUUCUAAGGGAAUAAUUAAUCAGAAACUGCAGAACCAUUAAAU